AUUCUAGAGAAUCUUUUAUUAUAUAUUAUUGAUUUCCUUAAAAGCUUUUCGAGGAAAAUUCAUUGUUAGAAAUUCAUUUUUAAUUUAUAUUUUUGCAGCUAUAAAGAAUUACGUAAUAGGCUGCUGGUAUAUAUUGCAGAGUGUAAUUGUUUCAGCAAAGCAAAGAAAAACUAAAAACAAUCAUUUAACUGUAUACACAAGUUUGAAACAAGCACAAUAUGGUUCACCUUUUGAUUGGUAAAUAUUUGAAUGAAGUGACAUUUACAACAGUACUCCUGUGUGUUGUAUCAUUGUACGAGGGAGUGACAUCUUCGGUUGUUCCCGGUGAGAGGUAUCGUGGUCCCGUUGUCCGGGUGUUGGAGAUUAUUGGACAACAGCAGUGUGUCCGGGAAUGUAGACACAGACCCAAUCUAUGUCGGGGAGUCAACUACCGGAAAGAGGAUUUGUUGUGUGAACUCGUGUCGGCCAUCGACAAAACGGAAACCAAUCCUGGCUGUGUUAGAAUUCAACUCAAUCAGACUGUAAAUGUACCAGAAAUGAACCAGGAAUGUCUGGCGUGCUCCUCAGACGAUCAGUGUGUGACGCUCUCCAGUAAGAUUGUCCAUUGUAUUCGAGCUACUUCCAACCUUGCAUUGAAUAAACCUGCAAAACAGUCAUCAAAGUUUACAGGGGAAGGAGUGACCUACUCUGCCUAUCUGGCAGUUGAUGGCAACAAAGGUACAGACUUUGUCGUAGACAAGUGUACACACACAUCGAGUGGCGACACCAAUCCCUGGUGGAGGGUGGAUCUAAUGGCUAUUUAUACCAUUACAUCUGUCAGAAUAUUUAAUAGAGGGAUGGACAAAAAUAGAAUAGAUGUGUCAGACCGUCUGCGGAAUGUCACCGUCACUGUAGGGCUGACAGAAUCAGAUGUCAAUACUCCCUGUGGUUUCUUUGCUGGUCCCGGUACUCUGUCACAGCUGGUCGUCAUCGACUGUCCGACAUUACCACAGGGGAGAUUCGUAAAGAUCUCCAUAAUCACUGAGUAUCUCACUCUUUGUGAAGUUGAAGUGUUUGGAUACUCUGUCUAAUUAUUUUUGCUGAUAUCUUUUAUCUGAAUGACUCUCUUUCCUACCAAUCACUUUCUAGUAUAUAGAUGUUCAGGUGGGGUUAUUGUUUAGUUUUGUGACAAAACUCUUUAUUUAAUGAUUGCUUUGUUUAAUUAUAAGACUGCGUGCAGUUGAUAUAAAAUGUAAAGCUUUUUAUAAACUAUUAUCGGGAUAUUUGAUUCAAUAUUUCAUAAUUAACCAAAAAUAAUCAAACAGUAUGUGUUAAGUUUUAAUUUGUUGCUGUCUUGUUUGGGGUCAAUAAAAUAUCUGCAGUUAU